GUGACAUAUGAAGUAAUGGCUGCGAGAAAUGAGCGAGAACGACUUCUUACCGAGGCCUUGAACAACUUGGCGCAAGUUAUGGCCAAUCAGGGAGGCGGUGGAGGAGCAACUAUGUACCAUGGGUUAGAUCGCUUUCAGAGGAACAACCCACCUACUUUCAAAGGGGGUUAUGAUCCUGAGGGUGCUGAGGCUUGGCUGAGGGAGAUUGAGAAGAUCUUCCGGGUGAUGGAGUGUCAGGACCAUCAGAAGGUGUUGUUUGCUACUCACAUGCUAGCAGAUGAGGCGGAGUACUGGUGGGAGAACACUCGCCCACGUUUAGAGGGAGCAGGUGUUGUUGUUGUCCAAUGGGAGACUUUCAGACAAACUUUUCUGGAGAAGUAUUUUCCAGAAGAUGUGAAGAAUAGGAAGGAGAUGGAGUUUCUCGAGCUGAAAUAG